AUGGGCAACUCGACCACGUCGCACUCGCCCCCGCUCCUGUCGCCGCCGCCGCCGCCGUUCGAGCGGCGCAGCUCGUACACUCGCGGCUGCUGCGAGUCACUGCCUCGCUCAGCGUCGACGAGGCGGCUCAUUCUCUGCUUCGACGGCACGAGCAAUACCUUCGGACUUGGCGGGAUCACGAACCUCCCCGUCCUCUUCUCUAUCGCCUCGGCCGACCCUGCCAAGCAGCUUCUCUACUACCAGGUCGGCGUCGGGCAGAGCAUCAGCGCCCACGAGUCGACCUUCGCGCCGGGCAGGAUGCGCGACCGCGUCCUCGCCGUCCUCGACGAGGCGAUCGCGUACAGCAUCGGCCAGCACAUCUGCGGCGGGUACCGCUUCCUCAUGGACCACUGGAAACCGGGCGACGAGAUCUUCCUGUUCGGCUUCUCGCGCGGCGCCUACACAGCUCGCGCACUCGCCGGCAUGCUCCAGCAGGUCGGGCUUCUUCCCGCCGGCAACGAGGACACGAUCCCGCUCGCGUUCUCGAUCUACAAGCGCAAGGCCAACACGAUGCUCGUUCCCGGCGUCGAGACGCUCGCCCAGGGCUUCAAGCGCACCUUCUCGAGGGACGUCGAGGUCCACUUUGUCGGCGUCUGGGACACGGUCGCCUCGGUCGGCGCGCUCGUUCCCCGCACCCUUCCUUUUGCUUCGGGCGCCUCGUACAUCCACGUCUUCCGCCAUGCCCUCGCACUCGACGAGGCUCGCACGCGCUACAUGCCGCAGCCGUGGAUGCCGUACCCCGACUUUGUCCCGAACGCGUCGUGCUCGGACGUCAAGGAGGUCUGGUUCUCGGGUGCGCACAGCAACGUCGGCGGCGGCGAGUUCACGUACGACGGCGGCCGUACGCCGGCGCUAGCCCACCUGUCGCUGCGCUGGAUGGUGCGCGAGGCGGUCGAGGCCGGUUUCGAGGUCGACUCGGCGCGUGUCCUUGACAGCCCGCUCUACGAGCCCCUCAUCGGCCGUGCGCAUGAAGCACUCGCCGACAGAGUGCGCGGCGGCGGCGAGAGUGCCGCCCUCGAGCGCUUCCUCGAGCGUGCGACGCGCAGGAACCCCUCGCUCAACCUGCACGUCGCGACCGUCGUCUUCCUCGCGUCGACCAUCUCGCCCGAGUCGACUGCCGCAGCCCUCGCGCCUCGCGCCCACCACACGUCGUUCAAGCUCCAGCAUCCGCCUGCGCACGGGCCCGGGACCGCCGAGGGCGGCAAGCUCGCCGGCUGGGGGACCCGAUUCGGCGCGAGGUCGAUGACGGCGUUCUGGUGGCUCCUCGAGGUGAGCCCGUCGGUCAAGGUCGUGUGGGACCCCGAGGGCAACACUCGUCGGUGGACAAUCAGGGCCAACAACGGCCGAGGGCGGCAACUCCCGCCGGACCCGGUGCUGCACUUCUCGGUCCUCCAGCGCGUGACGGCCAACCCGAGCAUCUUCCCCGCCGGCGGCAACAACGAGAACUACCCCGAGGGCAACCGGUACACUAUCAAGGCCGACUUUGUGCAAGGCCAGGGCCCGUUGACGGCGCGGAUCGAGCUGUGA